AUGGGUUGGGUUAGAGGAGAAACCCUCGGAAAGGGUGGUUUUGGGUUCGUCUCCAUGGCCAAAACCAUGCAAGAUCAUAAUCUGCCGCCGUUGAUUGCCGUGAAAUCCGCCAAUUUUUCCGAAUCCGAAUCACUAAAGAAGGAGAAGGAGUUGCUCGACAAGUUCCAGUCAUGCCCUUCUAUCCUCCGCUGCUUUGGUGACGAAAUCACGACAGAAAACGGGGAGAAACUCUACAACAUAUUGCUCGAGUAUGCCUCAGGAGGAUGCCUCGUCGACCACAUCACCGUCAAGGGCCUUCCGGAAAUCAAUGUCUGCCGCUGCGCGAAAUCCAUACUCACGGCGCUCCUUCACAUCCACAAGGCCGGCUACGUUCACUGCGACGUGAAGCCUCACAACGUGUUGCUCGUCGGCCAAGACGCGAAGCUCGCAGAUCUCGGGAGCUGCUGCUGCAAGACGAGCUUCGUCGACGGAAAUAGUAGGUGUGAUGAUUUCAGGGGCACGGUUAUGUACGCGGCCCCGGAGUCGAUAGCCCAGCAGAAGUACUUGCCGGAGUCGGAUGUUUGGGCCUUGGGCUGCUCGGUUCUACACAUGCUGACUGGAAAAUCACCGUGGGCUUUUGACAGCAAGGCCCAGCCGAAGGAUGUUCUCUUCAAGAUCGGGUGCAGUGACCAGAUUCCCCAGAUUCCAACAAACAAUAGAAUAUCCAAAGAGGCUAAAGACUUUCUCGCAAAGUGUUUGGUGAAAGAUCCGACGGCCAGGUGGAAAGUUGAUAUGCUUCUCGACCAUCCAUUUGUCAACAAGGCCGAUCGACCGACAGUUGCCGGAAAAUACAAUCAUCACCACCAUAGAUUGUCUCAUGGCAUUCACUCUUUGGUGCCACACUGUUUUCACCAUCCAAAAGUGCAGGCCUGCUGA